UCAAACGACUCCCAAGCAGCUUCCGGGAAUUUGGUGGUUAGAAAACCUGCAAAAGUGAUUUUUGCUUUAGAUGAAGUUGAACUGAAGUUAAAAGCACAGCAACCAUGGAAGAAAAAUCUUAGUGAGAAAAUAGAAGCAAGAGCCCAGGUCAUGCAACAGAAAAUGUUAGAGAAGGAAAUCCUGAAGAAGGAACAAGAAAAGAUGAUUACAAAAAAGCUUCCUAGGGAUGAGUUGGCUGAAGACUGGUUUUAUACUGACAGCAUGACACUAACUACCCGUGCAUACUUGCUGGACAAGCUUCUACCCAUCUUGAUUCCUGGAGUAGAACAAAUGUUAAUGCAGGUAGAAAAGAGGAAACUUUUGAGCCAAGAUGAUAUCCCAACCAAGUUUGAUCCAAUUAAUUAUUUGGGGGAAUAUUUAAUGAGAAACAAUACUCAUUAUAUCAAAGACCCAGGAAUGUCUGGCUACCAGAGGGUGAUGAAAGAAGUCACAGAAGAACUGAAGAUACAUGUUCCUGAUACAAUCAGCAACAGAGUUUCCAAAAUGAAGGAGAAAGUGAAACAAAAGAGACAACAAAGAGAAUAUAUAAGCACAGUCAAAGUCAAGGUGGCCUCCAUGCGGCAACAGGCUCUGGAGGAACAGUUCAGUGAAUGGGUUCUCGACCCCAAAGGAAUGAUUCCUAUAGUUGUGUACAUCUCUGCACAGGUUGAAAACUUGAAAAGUGAAGUUUUUGAGGAACUCCUUAAGCAUCUUUGCCACCGUGCAGAGGAAUUCCGGGAGAUCAUAAAAACUGACAUACGGAGACAUAUGUUUGCUGAUCUCUUCCUGUGCUGUGACAGUGCUAAGGUGAAGGUCUUGGAUCGGCAGAGGACACUGGCCUUGCUGGAAAUAUUCUAUGAUCAAAGUUCACACACCACUAGGAGUUUACUCCGAAACCCAAGACAAUGGCCACUUAUUGAAUUUGAGGAGAUAGAGUUGUCUGAAUUCUGGGGAGAUAUGGAUAUUAAGAAGCACAUUUAUGAAGAUUUUGAUAAACUGCUUUUAAAGAUGAAUGUGUUAGUUGCUAGCCAAGUCCAAGAAGAUCAAAAUCUCUCACAACAGCAGAGAGAGACAAGUGCAGACCAAGAACCAUCCCCAGAGUCAGCCACAGAGUCAGGAAUACAUCUGGCUUCACAUAGGCCCCACAAAGGGUCACUUUCAAAACAAGGACAGGGCAAAGGGCGCAAAUCAUCCUCUUUAGGACAAGGGUCCCGCAGAAGUUCUGUAGCAGAGCCAAGAUCACACAGAGGGUCAACUGCAGAGCAAGGGUCCCGCAGAAGUUCUGUAGCAGAGCCAAGAUCACACAGAGGGUCAACUGCAGAGCCAGGGUCCCGCAAAAGUUCCGCAGCAGAGCCAAGAUCACACAGAGGGUCAGUUGCAGAGCCAGGGACCCGCAAAAGUUCCGCAGCAGAGCCAAGAUCACACAGAGGGUCAGUUGCAGAGCCAUGGUACCGCAGAAGUUCCAUAGUAGAGCCACGAUCACAAAGAGGGUCAGUUGCAGAGCAAGGGGCCCGAAGAACUUCAGCAGCAGAACAAAAGCUGCAGACAGGGCAAGACCCAAACAUAGAAUCUGUGUCAGAGCAAGAAGCACAUAGAGAGUCAGUCACAGAGGAACCCGAGCAACGCAGAGCAUCAAUAGCAGAACAACACGAAAGGUCGACUGCAGAUAUGCAGUCUCCUAAGAGUUCAGAAGCCAGGUCACGCAGAGGAUCAGAGAUGGAUCAAAAACAGGGCAAUGAGUCAGAGGAACACAAAAUGUCAGAAUAUGGACCACAAGGAGAGUCCAUUUCGGAAGAGCCACAGCGUGAGUCAGAACAGGAACCACUGAUAGACACCAUUCCAGAAGAAGAGGAGUCACCCUCAAAAUUAGAAGAAAGUAGCACCUUGGAAUCUCAAGAAGAAAAGCCUUUGCCAAUCAUAAGUGAAGAGCAAGCCUCCAGAGAUUCCCUACAGCAGGAGGAAGUUCCCACACACAGCAAAAAGGAUCAUCCAUCAAGAAAAGAUCACCUUCCAGGAGCUUCAAAAAAAGAUUCUGAGAGAGACAAAGCCUGUGAACCGAAGCCCCAACAUAUAGAAGGAAAAUCAUGGUCAGGUGAAUUUUUGAUUGGUGACUGGAAGAUGAAUUAUGUCAAAUCUGAGGAUGAGGAACAGGCAAAAUUAAUCUAUGGUGACUCCAGAUUCACAGACCUACAUGCAAUUAUUAGGAACAUUCAGAGUUACAAGGAACUAAAAGGGAGGAGUGCCUUCAAUGGAACUUCCCUCAAUUUGCUGCAGUUUGUACAACUCCUAGAGACAUUUGUUGGUGAAGAUACCCCCUUAAGUGUCAGCCACAGUCUCGCCUCCUUCUUUCAGAAGAAAUAUUUUGAAACAAAACAAGAGAAAAUAAACGCCUUAGAACAGGCUCGACAAAACGCUUUCCGAGUCCGGCGGGUACUUCUUCUAGAAGCCCUCUUUCAGAAGUGGGACAAUGAUGGCUCAGGAUUUCUCAAUCUGGAUGAUGUUGACAAUCUCUUGUAUACAUAUAAGGAGGGAAUGGAAAGAGAGUCUAUGAAGAAAGCUAAACUACACAUCCAGUUCCCAAAGCCACAUCCUGGUCAUGAAGUAAAAUUAUCUUCAAAGCAGUUUCAGAGGUACAUAGAAUUGGUUGUGUCUGAACUCAGGGGCAAUGAAGACCAAGUUCUGGAAAGUGUCGUGGAAUUCCUGACGAGCUCUUUAGAGAGGAGCCACAUUGAGGGUCUAAGGAAUUGUGCAAGACGGAAAUGGCUACAUCAGAUCCAACAUGCUGCAGAGACAAGUGGGGUGUCGCUGGAGCCAGUGUAUUCUGAGACCUUUAGGGCCCUCACACAGGAUGCUGAGGCUCAUGGAAAUAAGAAGAUCAGUGCUCACAUUUCCCUCUUAGAAGAAAACCUACUGCUGCCAAACAGGGGGGAUGUUCUCUUGAGGAAUGUGGCUUGUACCCUAGAUGAUGCUCCAUUUGUCCUGAACAAAGUACUCUACAGGGACAUGAAGGGAAUCAGCUUUACAGUAGUGGAUGAAGGCAAGCCAAUCCAUGUACCACAAGUUCAGCACCACGGGAACAUCUUCUUCUGGAACAAUACCCGCAGCAAGAAUGAGUAUAAUGGGUCAUUCCUGGCUCUGCCUCUUCAGGAUGCAUAUAUGAGGAUCUUUGGGGUCCUGGCAGUCGACACUCUUCGAGAUCCCCGUGAAAUAAACAUCUUCCUACCUCAUGAGAUCAGAUUCUAUCAGGGUGUUGCCAAUGCCUUCAGCACUGCCUAUCACUAUGUUCACAGCAGGGAACACAUCCUGCAUACUGUGAUCACUGGCAUCCGGUGGCUCUUCAAUAUCACAUCUGGCAUCACCUCCAUCACUACGAGCUUCAUUGAACCUAGCUUAGAGCAGGAAGACUAUGUUUUACGCAAAAUGAUGGUUACAGAAUUUCUUGAUCUAACAGAAAUCUAUACAGAGCCCCCAACCAUUUCAAGGAAGUCGUGCAUCUUCAGAGAUUUCCUCUUUAAGUGCAUUGACACUUCAGAAGUUAUUUUGGCUUCUACCAGUGGAGAGACCCACAUUGUAAUUCCACUUCGUGAAAGAACAAGAGAGGCUUUGGGGGUCCUCGAUGUUAAUCUUGGCCAGAGUAGGAUGCUGGUGUAUCAAGAAUAUAAAGAUCUACAGAAAAUGGUGAAGAUGAUCCAAAAUGCCUCCAAUGAGAUACUGGGCGAAUUAUCUGGAGAAAUCAAGAAAAAUGAGGUCUUAGAGUUGGAAAAGGCAGGCGAAGUCACUCGGGCAGGAAUUCUCUUCUUCCGGGUCAUGCUGCAGGAGAUUCAGGAAUGCCUCCAGGCCCUCAGUUCCAUGGAAUUUGUAUCACUGCUGCUCUAUGAGCACAGACCUCAAGCGGACCCAGCAUUUUUUCAUGACAUCGACCCCCAGGAAAUAAAUGCCAAUGUGGUCCUCGUGCAUGACAUGCUGAAAGCAGCAAUCUUAUUCUCCCAGCAGGAGAUGGACUCUGCCAGUAGCUUAGAAGAAUGGGAUAAGUGGAAGUUUUACAUUAACAAGUACUUAGUUGACGAACUUUGUGUGUUUGAUCCAACUGCUAAAAAUGUGGACAUUAAUGUGCAGCUUGUAAUAAAACACAUCCAAGAUCAUUCUCGAAUUGAAGUAUGGAAAUUUGGCAACCUUGUCAUUGAACUUCUGUACCACUGGUUACACAUUUGUUUAACUCUCAUAGACCUAAACAAACAACAAAGGAAUAGUAUUUUACCUCCAUUGCCCAAGAAGAGUGAUUCCUCUAUUUAUGCAAAAGUCAUAGAGAAACCAAAGAAAAAAUAAGGACUAGUACUCUGUUUAGCAUAUGUUGAUUGUGCCCAAUGCUGUUAAUAGUGAAAUAUUUUCAAAUGAAAAGGAAUGCCUCAUAGACACACCG